AUGUCGGAAGAAUUGGAAAAAUCAUCAUAUGACUGUGACAUCUGCGAAGAGUCAUUUUCAGAAAAAGGUGAACUCACUAGACACAAAUGCAUUCAUACAGAUGAGAAACAAAAUCACCAUGAUACCUUACAUAAACGUAGUCAUACAGGAGACAAACCAUAUCAGUGUGACAUUUGUGAUAAAUCAUUCUAUGAAAGAAGUGAGAAACGUAUUCAUACAGGGGAAAAACCUUAUCACUGUGAUAUCUGUGGAAAAUCAUUUUCUGUUGACAGUAGCUUCACUCGACACAAACGUAUUCAUACAGGAAAAAAACCAUAUCACUGUGAUAUCUGUGGUAAAUCUUUCUCUAAAAGCAAAAGCUUAACUAAACACAAGCGUAUUCAUACAGGAGAGAAACCUUAUCACUGUGAUAUCUGUGGUAAAUCUUUCUCUAAAAGCAACAGCUUAACUAAACACAAGCGUAUUCAUACAGGAGAGAAACCUUAUCACUGUGAUAUCUGUGGUAAAUCUUUCUCUAAAAGCAACAGCUUAACUAUACACAAAAGGGUUCAUACAGGAGAGAAACCUUAUCACUGUGAUAUCUGUGGUAAAUCAUUCUCUGUUAGCAGUAGCUUAACUGCGCACAAAAGGGUUCAUACAGGGGAAAAACCUUAUCACUGUGAUAUCUGUGGUAAAUCAUUCUCUGUUGACAGUAGCUUAACUACGCACAAAAGGGUUCAUACAGGGGAAAAACCUUAUCACUGUGAUAUCUGUGGUAAAUCAUUCUCUGCUGGCAGUACCUUAACUACACACAAACGGAUUCAUACAGGUGAGAAACCAUAUCAGUGUGAUAUCUGCAGUAAAUCAUUCUGUGAGAAACCAUACCAGAGUGAUAUCUGUGGCAAGGCAUUCUCUACAAACCAACAAUUAACUGUACACAACCAUGUUCAUACAGAGGAGAGACCAUUUCUUUGUGAUAUCUGUGGUAAAUCAUUCUCUCUUCAGAGCAUCUUGACUGAAUACAAACAUAUUCAUACAGAGGAGAAACCAUAA